AUGACUACCACUGCGGUUCGCGAUACUGACGGUACUGACGAUACUGACAAUACUGACGAUAAUUACUAUACUGGCGAUACUGACGAUACUGACGUUAGUGACGAUACUGACAAUUCUAACGUUACUGACAAUACUGACGAUACUGACGAUACCGAUGAUGUUGACGAUGCUGAAGAUACUGACGAUACUGAUGAUAAUGACGAUACGGAUGAUACUAACGAUUCUGACGAGACUGACGAUACCGAUGAUGUUUACGAUGCUAACGAUACUGACGAUUCUGACGAUACUGACAAAAUCGACAAAACUGAUGACUAUCAAAUUCACUUUUUAAGAAAAAAAAAAUUUUCUGAGAUAAUGGGCACACUGAUCACUUUUAAAUCACUUGAUUUUGGGUGA